AUGGGGGGUUUAGGGAAAACAACUGUGGCUAAGAGAAUUUUCAACGAUGAACAUAUCAAGACACACUUUGAAAAGAGAGUUUGGUUGUCUCUGCCUGAAAUGUCAGAAACGAAGAGCUUUCUUCAACUAAUCCUCGAAUCCUUGACAAAGAGGAAAGUUGAGGUCCAAAACAGAGACAUAAUAGUCAAGAUGCUACAAGAAGAACUGGCAGGAAGAAAGUACUUGCUUGUCCUGGAUGAUUUAUGGCGUGUUGACUCUACAUUGUGGGUGGAGUCCACAGUAGCAGCAGCAGGUCCUCAUAAGUUGGAAAAAUUAGAGAAGAUCAUUGUUAGUCCAUUUUCAAACAAAAAGCGUUUGUUGAUGUGGAAAUUCCAGAGGAAAUAG